UGUCGCGCGGCCUGAUCGCCCUGUUUGUGACGCGAGUUACUCCAUCCAACCCAACGUAAACGGCAUUUUUUUGGCGUAUUUUCUUGUGCAACGGCAAACGAAUUGGACCGCAAAGCGGGCGUUUAAGACCAGUUCGCCGUUUGUGUGGACUUCCGACGGAUGUUGUGUAUUUGUGUAAACGCGCGCGCCGCGCCAAUAGUACGUGUUUUGUGCGCGACUACGUAGAUUGUUAUUGUAUUACCUUAAAGGGCAGCUGACGCGCCUUUUGAACUGUUUGCGGCCCACUCCAUUAACAAGCGUUUACUGGCGCGGUGAAACAACGUGAAUUAGAGCGCCAAAAUGUUUAGCAAAAUAAUUGAUUUUUAACUGAAUUUUCUGUGUGCUUGGAAGUAAAUAUUUGAUUCAAAAAUAUCAACAAAGUGUGACUAGUAACAGUGAUGAUUAAUUAGUUGGAAUAUUGAGAAAUAAACCCAGUGCAAUUUAGACCAAAAACCAAAGUGUUGAUUUCAUACGAAAUAUAUUGUUUUUUUUAUCGAAGUUUAAGCUAUUACUUUUGUAGUCUAUAGCUUUUCAUAUUCAUACAAAACUUUAUAUAUUAUAUCAUAGUAAGUUCCUAUAAGACCCUUAGUACUACAUAUUCCGACAAAAAUGGAUAUGACCAGCGCAAAUUCGUUGAAUAUGCGGCCCUUCUUCUCCGGAUACCCAUUUCAAGGUCAGGGCCGUGUCAAUCAGCUCGGCGGUGUCUUCAUCAACGGUCGACCGCUACCGAAUCACAUACGUUUGAAAAUUGUCGAAAUGGCCGCUAACGGCAUAAGACCUUGUGUGAUCUCACGUCAGUUACGCGUCUCGCAUGGUUGUGUAUCGAAAAUAUUAAAUCGUUACCAGGAAACCGGCUCAAUACGACCGGGUGUGAUAGGCGGUUCGAAACCGAAAGUUACAUCGCCGGAAAUCGAAGCGCGCAUUGAGGAGUUGCGCAAGGCGAAUCCGGGCAUAUUCAGUUGGGAGAUACGCGAGAAGCUGAUCAAGGAGGGUUUCACCGAUCCGCCAUCCACAUCGUCCAUCAGUCGUCUAUUGCGAGGUAAUGAUCGUACCAGUGAAGACGGACGCAAGGAUUAUAGUAUACACGGCAUUUUAGGUGGCCGCGACUCAGACAUCAGCGAUACUGAAUCGGAGCCUGGCAUACCGUUGAAACGUAAACAGCGUCGUUCGCGCACCACCUUUACGGCCGAACAAUUGGAGGCACUCGAACGCGCCUUCACACGCACACAGUAUCCUGAUGUAUAUACACGCGAAGAACUUGCACAGACCACGGGCCUCACCGAAGCGCGCAUACAAGUAUGGUUUAGUAAUCGACGCGCGCGUCUACGCAAACAUUCCGGCGGCUCUGGUACCGGGCUCUCACCCAUGAAUGGUGGCGGCAGUGGCGCUGGUGUGCCUGGUGGCGUCGGCGGCGGUGCGGCUGCCACAGCGCCACUCGGUUUUGGUCCCCUAGCCGCAGUUGGUUCCAUGGCUGGCUACAGUCCCGCCGCUGCCAGCACAGCCAGCGCGGGCAUGAAUGAGAAUCAUGCGGCGCAUGCAGCAGCGGCAGCGGCCGCAGCAGCUGCGCAUCAUCCACAUCAUCAUACGCAGAUGGGUGGCUAUGAUUUGGUGGCGCAGUCGGCGCAACAUGGUUUCGCCAGCAGUUUUCAACAUGGACACUUCGGCGGGCAGAAUUACUAUCAUCAAGAUUACUCCAAGCUCUCAAUCGAUGACUUCUCCAAACUGACGCUGGAGAAUGCUUCGAAAAUUUCACCAUCACUCUCACAUCUAACCGGCGAGAAUUAUUCGAAACUGGACUCCACCACGAAUUGGUCACAAGCCGCUUACCAUCUGAAUCAAUCGGCAGCAGCGGCCGCCAAUUACAACGCUGCCGCCGCUCAUCAUGCGCAUGCGGCUGCCGCUCAACACACGCUAAAUGAUUAUGCGGCGGCUGGCGCUGCUGCAGCGGCGCACAACAAUCAGCUGAAUAGCGCGGCAGCAGUCGCCGCGGCGGCUUAUAAUCAUCCGCUGCCCACGCAGACGCAGGCAAAGUAUUGGUAGAACAUUUGUGGCGGUGUGUAAUUGUAGUGUAAGGUAGUAGUGUUUGAGUGAUGAAUUGGAUGUUAACUGAAAAUGUUUGAGUGUAAAGCUUGGUUCAAUAUUUUUCUGCAAAAUACAGCGUUUCUCAACAGCUUUGAUAAUUUUUACGGUUCCCCUAGCAUAUUUUUCCUACUCAUUUUAUGACAAUGGCAAAAAUGUCGUUAAAACUUAGCAGUUGAUAUUACGUGCUUCAGGGUAAGAUUUGAUUAACAGAUCGAUUCUAAGAGGGAUCUCACUUGAAUGGCUUAGAACUUUGAUCUGUUGUGGUAUCGAAAACUUUUAAAAACUGGAUCAUAAGACCCCCCUUAUAGGUCGACAAAGCGCUUGUAACCUAUUACAAAUUUGUUGAGAUGGAUAAUAUCAGUUUCGGCUAUGUCUACUGGUUCGUCGAAGAUAAGACUACCGAAAUGUUGCGGCCUCAGUUUUGCAAAGGUUGGACAAUAGAGGGAAAAGUGCCUGGAUGUUUCGACCUCAUUCUCUUUCUUAUACCUUUGGUAACUAGCGUCAGACAACAUGUUAAGCUUCUCCGCAUGAAUGCCUGGAGAGUGUCCAGUAAGACUUUCUACGAUAGCGGCAAAAUGAACCUUGCUCAGGGCAAGUUGUUCAGUAGAUCUCUUACGUUCUAAGGGCUUUUAAGUUCAAACGAUUUUUCCAGUUUCGAGUAGCUUUUUGUGUUUUCUUUUUAAAAGAGUGACUUUUCUUACAAAAAGGCUUUGACAGGGCACUAAAAUUAAUAUAUUUUAUAGAAUUGAAGCCUUUCGCUCUGCAUAUCGUCACCUAAAAUGCAAAAUAGCGUAACAUCAUUUUUCAUAAGUUUACAGGCGAAGGAAAAACGAUGUAAUAGAAACCCCGAAUUUUGAAACAAAAUUUAAGUUUUGGUUAUAAAGUGGUUAUAAAAUGGUUACAUAGUGGUUAUUUCCGAUAUAAUAUAAUCCGCUCAUAUUGAAACUAUACUCGUGUUUCGGGUAUAAAAUGGGUACAUAUUGGUUAUAAAAUGGUUACAUAUAACAGCGGGAGGUUAAAAUUCUAUGAGAUAUAUGUAAUAAAUCGUAAGCACUAAUAAAUUCAAUCUCGAUUUAUUAGUUUUGCAUUUCAAUUGAUGAUCUAUAGCUUUAUAAUGCGCUAUUCAAAUAUCAUACUGACAACAAGGAAAAUAUAUGAGAUAACUUAACCUUUUUCCCUCAUUUUGACAGCUUAUUUAUAUCACCGACAGGUAAUCUUAAGAUUGAGGAGUGAAGGCAAUAAACUUUUCAAAAACAUUAAAAUUAAAACUUUAACCAGUAAAUUUAACCGGUAACUGGUAAUUUAACCGGUAAAAUAACCGUUUUGCCUCACUGCUUGGUGAAUAUGACUGAAUUUAGUAACUUGAGACCGAUAAGUUGGGUCAUUUGAAGUCCGCUGGUGAAUGAAACAAUAUGGAGACCUUUUUUGUGGAUAAAAAAAAUCUAAAAAAUCCAGUUUAGCCUCUUUAAAAUUGUUAAACCCUCCAUUAAAAGCAUUAUGACUGCCUGCUAAAAUAAAAGAAAACUCAAACUUCGAUUCGCCAUUUAACUCCAGACAUUCGUCACAAAACAUGCGCAGGGUUGAUUUAAAAGUGCUGCCCGUUUGUUUGAGCAUUUGGUUUAUUCGGUAGUCGAAGAAGUUUUUCGUAUUUCCAAUCAAACUUCAAAUAGGUCGUUCGUUUGGCUGGGGAGUAACACUUGGCAAAUCGAAGACAUUAACAACAACAAAAUCUGCUAUUCAUCACUCAAAAAGCAAAAAAAAAUAAGUAAAAUGAAAAAUUCUAAAAAAAAAAACAAUGUACAGUAUAUAGUAUAAGCAGUUUACAGCAUAUAGCAUAAGUUUACAAACACCUCACUUGUAAACACACUAUUAUUGGCCACUGUGUUAAUUAAAAUGUUUGUUAAACUAUCAAUUCAACACUUUAAUUUCAUUUGUAUUCAUUACUUAAGCAAAUUUGCAUAUAAGAAAUAAUUAUGUAAGUGCAUAACUAGGUAAAAAAUUGCACAAUAUUAUUGUCGGCUGCAUAUUUGUCCCAUUAAUUUAUAUAUCAACUGUAAUUAAAAUUCAAUUAACAUUUUAUUAGUUAAGUCAAGUGUAACUUAUGGCCAAGGCCAAGCAGUUUGCAAAUAAAGGUCGCAAUAAAAGUGCUGCAGCCGAGGCGGUGAGGUCGCUAGGCUGAUUGGAGGCCGUUUGUGCAACCCUGUGUUGCUCGAGCCAAGCGAGCCUGAUGAUUCGUAUUACAAAUGCAAGCACACAUGCAAAUAUACAUACAUACACUGUAGCAUAACAGUUAAUUUGUAAGUAAAUUUAUUUGUAAUUUAUUGUUAAGCAACAACAAAAACAUUAAAUACAUUUACAUAUAUACACAUGCACAUGCAUAUAUGCUACAACUACAUACAUUUAAUGUAAGAAAGUUAAUA